UUGGGGUUAGCAUGAAAAGAAGGCCAGAGCAGCCUCUGAGCCAAGCAACAGGGCGCAGAUAAUUAACGGAAACAACUUCCACUUGCCUUCUAAAAAUAUUUAUAGUCGUCUCUUUUUCUGAAUCCAAGGCCAUUAGCAUUAUUAAUUAUCAUUAACAAAGGGUUGUGGUUAAUGACAAAUUCGAAUCUCCUGUUCAUGCAAGUACUCAAGUCUCUGUAGUAAAACUAAGGAGGAGGAAUAAUGAUGCGUAUCCAAUGAUGUGGAGUGGUGAAGAUCCAAAUCCAAACAAGCACACAGUGCGCAACAAUUGGAACCUAAGCGAGUUUCGUCAGAAAAAGGAUAACAAAGCCCACGAGGUACACCUCAUUCUGUUUUCCUUUUUUUGUUCGAAAUUAAAAAAAGGAAAAAAGAAGAAAGAAAAAGUUUAGGAACUCGGCAUAACAGUGGCACAUAUUCACAUCAUUAUUAUUUCAUUUGAAAACCAAGACAGCGAUGUUUAUGCUUAUGCUUGUGACGCUGAAGACGAAAGCCUGGUGGAUUCAGCUGCAAACUCUUUCUCACUAGCACUCAAAGAAUGUCAAGAUAGGAGAUCAAGAUUUGAAGCGUGAUCAGCCUGGUGCAUUGGAUCUGGGGAUUUUGCAAUGCAAAGCCAAAAGGGUUGGAGCUCUGGAAGAGUUACUCCAACUCCAAGGAAGAACAUUGGCGGCGGAGCUAUGCUGCCGUUUAAUAAUGGGAGAGGACUACCUUCAAAGUGGGAAGACGCUGAAAGAUGGAUUCUAAGUCCUGUUGGUAGAGAUGGUGUUACUGGGAAUUUGGUUUCACCACACCAUAGGAGACCAAAGUCAAAGAGUGGUCCACUUGGUCCACCAGGUGUUGCUUAUUAUUCAAUGUAUUCUCCGGCAGUGCCUCUCUUUGGAGGAAGGCAUUCCGCUAAUUUGGCCGGGCCUUCUCUGUUUUCGCCACCUGUAGCUUCAUCUGAUUCAUUCACAAACCGCUCCGGUGGUGGCCAUGGUGUUGUCGUUCUGCCCACCACAGAGCCUACUUUACUCCGGUCCGCUAGUGUCCAUGGAUGUUCUGAAAUGCAGAGUGAACCAUCAGCGCCUGAUCAAGAGGAUAAGCUUCAUAGCUUCAAAGAUGUGGGCACCGAUGUAUCUGGUGCUGUUUCAAGGAGGGACAUGGCAACCCAGAUGAGCCCACAGGGUAGCCAAUGCUCCUCUCCCAAUUUGAGUCAGCCUUCUUUCUCUACCUCCACUCUGUCUUCGUCGACCUUCACAGAAUGGCGGAAUGUUGCUUCCUCUAAAAUGGAUGUAAGGGAUGUUCAGGUAGAUGAACAUGUCACCGCAACAAAGUGGUCCAAGAAACACAGGGCCUUAUUUUCUGGCAGAGGCUCAGAAAAUUUUGAAAGCAAGCAAAAGAAAGAAAUUAGAAAUCUAGCUUCAGCUUGGGAUAUUGCUGAAACGCCAAAAACUGCCUCUAAGGCUGAAAGGGAGGAAGCCAAAAUCAAUGCAUGGGAGAACUUGCAAAAGGCAAAAGCUGAGACAGCAAUACGGAAACUAGAGAUGAAGCUAGAAAAGAAGAGAGCAUACUCUAUAGACAAGAUUAUGAACAAGCUUAAAUUGGCACAGAAAAAGGCUGAGGAAAUGAGAAGUUCAGUUAUAAACAUAGAGGCUGAUGCUGAUCAAGUUGUACGAACGUCUCGCAAGGCUAAAUUAUUUCUUAGAAUCAGUCAGAUGGGUUCAUUGAGUGGUUGUUUCAACUGGCAUGCCUCUUAAAGCAUACUUCAAGUGUUUGAGUGAUAUAUUGGGUAUGUUCCUCUGUAAUUUAGUACCGUUGCUGUUUGCAAUCUAUGAAACAACAAAAUUCAUGUAAUAUAUUCAUUUGUUAGUGAAAAAUGGAGUUAAAAGUUUUGUAUUUC